AUGAAGAAUCAUUUAAGAGUAUUUCUUAUAUUUGGCAUAUUUUACAUAUUCCAAGGAUGUGAUUAUUUCGAUACCGUUGACCUUACAAACAGCAUUAAAUUUGAUAAUGGAUCAUAUCAGUACGAAGAUGUAUUGAUACCAAAAGAAAAAACGCGGGAAUACGAUUACCAAAUUUUAUUUAAUGGCGAUUACGAAACAGUGCCCAAGCAUAUAAGGGGUUGUGUAUGUCAUUUAAAAACGUGCAUACGUUUUUGCUGUUAUCCAAAACAAUUGCUUUUAAAAGAUAUAAAUGACUUGGAGUUCAUAGUGCAACAACAUCUUCCUGUACCUUGUCAUGAUCAUAAAUAUCUUGAACCUGAUAAUCCAGACCACGCCUGGACUUUAUAUGAAAAUGGCAAACUUCUCAGACAUUUUGACAGCGCACUACUUACAAAACAGGAUUAUUGUUUCCAGCCCCGAAAAUGUCAAGGUCUCUACAAGCUUGUGCCGUAUCAUUGCGUUAAACCUCCAGACCGUUCUAACGCUUACCUGCAAUUGGUAUCGAUAUUCUUCUUACUUAUGGUCAUAAUUGUGUAUUUGAUUUUACCGAAUUUUAAAGGAGAUUAUUUUAAAUGCUGUAUAUGCUACUUCAGUUGUUUGACCCUAAGUUCUAUACUUCUUGUUAUUGUAAGAUGUGAUUGGAUCAACCUACAUCAAAAAGUAUUGUGCCUGCGAACAGGAUAUAUUGGUUAUUACUUUGUUAUAUCCACGUUUCUCUGGCUUUUAAUUAUAAACUACGAUUUAUGGAAAACAUUUAACAACAUUGGGAUAAGUCACGGGUCAAAACUUUACAAGUAUAAUAUCUUUGCUUGGGGCGUUGCAGCAGUACAACUUUUGUUAACACUUUUUGUUGAUUUUGUAAUUGGAAAUUCAAGCUGGUCACCUAAUGUCGGAAAAUAUUUAUGUUGGAUUGAUGUCGCAACUUGGUCGUCGAUAAUCUACUAUUAUGGUCCAAUUAGCAUUUACUUAACAUUGAACACAAAAUUAUUUAUUAUUACCGCCUCUAAGAUAUUCUUUCGAAAUAGGACCAAUAGACGUCAACUAACCCAAUCGGAGCGUCAACGAAAUUUGAGGACUCUGACUAAUUUUGGAACAUUUUUCCGGCUCUUUGUCAUUAUGGGCGUUUUCUGGAUAUUUGAAAUCAUUUCUUAUUUUGGAUAUACUAUCUUCGACAUAUCAAUGAAGUUUAAUAAUAUGAUUACUUGUUGUCAAGGUAUCACUUUAUUUGUAGCAACAAUUUUGAAAAGAGAUGUGUUGAAAGCGUUGGCUAAUCGACUUCGUAUUGGAAAUACCAAAAUAAAAAUGCCACAUCAGGUCCACAACAUCAGCCAGAAUGGAAAUUGUUUUAUCGUCACAACCAAUUCUAACUAAAGACAUCGAAGAACCUCAUUUAUAAGAGAAUAUACAAAUAACAUAUUGUUAGAAAAUGUACUUAUUAUUUUAAUACCCGCUACCCACAGGGUAGAAACAGAAACGAUCAGGAGGAUGUAUACAAGGCCCAUCCUCCCCUCAAACGUUUGAGAGAUGUACUUUUUUAAAAACGAGUCCCAGCUAAUGGUAGGCAUCUUUGUACCUGAUUCUUACUAUAAUAGAUUGCAUCAGCAAUUGUUGUCAUUCAGACAAUAAAACAUACAUAUUCUGCGCAUCAUCAGAAUAGCGCCCCUUAAGACUUAUGUUUA